AUGCUGCCAGACGCCGUGCUGGUCACGCACAUGCCGAUGCUGACCAGCGGAAAGCUGGACAGACAGACGCUCCGUAGCUGGCACACGCAGCGCAAAGUGUCGCGAGACAACGACAACGACGCGCAGUCGUGCGAUGACCUUUCGCUGGACGAACAGCGCGUCGCCGCCACCGUACUGUCGACCGCCGAACAGUUGCUCGCGCUGCCACCUGGCGCACUACACCUGAACGACGACUUCUUCCGCGUCGGCGGCGACUCCGUCACGGGGGUUCUGUUCGUGCAGCGUCUGGCCGACGCCGCUAUCUCGCUCUCCAUACCGGAGUUUGUCAGCGCGGCGACGCUGAAGCAGGUGGUGCGGGCCGUGCGGCCUGCCGGCGCUGACGUGGCCCUUUCCGACGCACACGCCGACUACAGAGUGAUGCCGAUGAGUGAGCGCAACGAGCCAACAGCGCUGCUUCACAUCGGAGCGGCCGGAUUCCUCAGUAAGGGAGCCAUGGAGAGUCAACUGGAGGGCCUCACCACCGAGCUACACAGUGCCGUACUGAAAUCGCACUGGGACGACAUCGUCAACUUCAAGGAAACUUUUGUAGUAGUCGACGGAGACAACAGAGUGAUCGCCGGCGCCAUCAAUUGCAGCAUGGCCGACGAACCAGCGUGGAUAUAUCCUCCAGUGAUGGCGCCACUAGUAGCCGUGCUGGAACGCGCAGAGAGAGAUGUGAUACGGGACAUCGAGCGGAAAGGAAUUCCGCCGGGCAAGGUUCUACGCAGUGUCUACAUGGCCAGCGACGUGUCGCUGACCUCCCAGGAGAAUCUUAGACUUAUGAACAUGAUGGUCGAGGAGAUAUACAGGAAAGCCAAGCUGGGAAAGUACGAAUGCAUCGUCACUGUCAAUACGAGCCGGGUGAUGCAGGAGAUUUACAAGAGAAAUGGCUACGAGGCAGGUCAAACAUUCCUCGAGUAUUGCACCUUCGAAUUCAUGGGAAGGCGACCGUUCUCUCUUCUGCCAGCUGGAGAAGGAGCUGAAUCGGCAAUAAAGUACCUAUAA